GCACAAAAAUAAAGGUGUCCACCAGCAGUAUUUUCUAAAGACUUUUUUCAAAUUUUAUGUGGCGUAUAUUUGUGGAUUAUAUUUUUCUUUUAGACCGUCUUUUGAAACAAAAGUUUAUACACCUUUCAGGACACUUUACUGGCGCGGGAAAUUUCUCAGCCAACAUCUGCUAGUCCGAAUUUUGGUGGGGUUUCUCUGUAUUCAUAAAAGGACUGGAGAAACGUGUACUUGAGUUUUGACUGAAUUUCUUUGUAGAAAACUUUAUAGAAAACAAAAUGCGUCCAUCUGGCUCUAAGCGUCAGCAGGCCCCCCAGCCUCCCUCCACCAGGAUGGGUUUGCGGAGUUUCCGUAAUGUACCUCUGGUGCCCAUGGAGACAUCCUCUUCUUCAUCAGAUGACAGUUGUGACAGCUUUGGCUCUGACGGUGGCUUUGCUAACACGAAAAGUAGCUUCAGAGAAGCUAAGAAGGUGGCGGAGAGAGCCAAGGUGUUUGAGGCCAGCUCGGAGGGAGAGUCUCUCAGUGGGUUUGAGAAUGCCUUCAGCAGUGAAAUGAGUGCCAUGAGAGUGGACUCUGACUCUGAGGAGUCGGUGACGCCGCGGAAGAGGGGCCGCCGGUCACAAACUCUGAAAGUGGCCAUGAAAUUCCCCACCAGGCGGGCCAGCCAGAAGAAGAGUUUUGCAGCAGAGCCCCCUAAACAGCCCAAAGUCGCUCCCAAACAGACCACUGGGGAGGGAGACAACUUCAUGGACAAGAGAGCGCUUAACAUCCGGGAGAACAAAGCCAUGCUUGCAAAGCUGAUGGCAGAACUCGACAAAAUACCUGGCUUCCCUAGAAGAACGUCCCUGCCCAUGAUGAAUGCGCCCUGUCGCACCACUCGCCGGUCUCAGGGAGCCCCUGGACCCCGCAGGAGGAACCCUGAGCGUACCUCUCGGCCCCACACUCGCUCCCGCUCCCUGGUGGACGGCCCCCCAUCAGAGGAGGAAGAGGAGGACAAAUUCAGCCUGGUGCGCAGGAGCUGCUACUACGAGGAGAAAGCGCCCCGUCGGCGCAGCUACAACGGGGUGCAGGCCUUUCCUCAUGUGGUGCGGCCUGUGAAGGACAUCACCCAGAGGGAGCUGGAUCUGAUCGCAGACAACGUGCGGGAGAAGGUCUACAACAGCUCCACUGGGUCCACUUGCCAUCAGUGCCGGCAGAAAACGGUCGACACCAAGACCAACUGCCGUAACCCAGAGUGUGUGGGGGUGAGGGGUCAAUUCUGUGGCCCGUGUCUCCGUAACCGCUACGGAGAGGAGGUCCGAGAUGCCCUGCUGGAUCCUGAGUGGGAGUGUCCGUCGUGCAGAGGGAUCUGCAACUGCAGCUUCUGUAGAGCCAGAGAGGGUCGCUGUGCCACUGGAGUUCUGGUCUACCUGGCUAAAUACCACGGCUACGACAACGUCCAUUCUUAUCUCAAGAGUCUGAAGAAGGAAAUGGAAGAGAGCCAGUAAACCGUGGAGAAUGUAACCGGAUUCUGAACCUGACUGACGAUGAUGUGAUGUGGCUUUUAUAUUCCGUAAUGCAAAACAGUAGAUUUUUCUAUUGCUCCUGAUUCUGAAAAUGUUUACAUUGUUUUAAAUGUGUACAGUUUUGCUGUCAAUUACGUGAGUGGUACGUUUAUACUGUGAUGUUUGCCUGUGACAUUCACACUUUUAACCUGUAAGUUUGGAUAAAAACUAUAUGUAUAAAUUGGUUGUCCUCUGU